UAUCUACUAACAAUUGGAUAACAUUAUGAUACAAUGUUUUGCCCUGCUCAUACUCGGGGAUCCUGGUUGCUCCAUCACAGGGUUUUAUCAUUAGGUUUGGUCCUGCAAAUUGUGUCGAAGUCCUGAUCUUGUUAAGGCAAAUGCGUUCGCCAAACAGGAUAUGGUUCGAUCAGAUUUGUCCUGCUCGUAGCUUGCAUCGAAACCUUCUUUUUUUGGGUUAGCUACCACCCACUCGAUUUUUCCAAUCAUUCCAUCUUUAAUAUCGACUGAUCUAAUCAGAUUUUGGAUUUUUGAAUUUUCUGGAAGGCAGCAUAAUCUCCUAAGUGGGGAAGCAUUAAGUAAUGGUAGGAUACACGGUUGUAUUGUCGAAGUUUAGAUUAGCGGCUCCCAGUGGUUUUACUAUGGAUCCCUUAUUGAUCCAUCUGUUUUGGCGGAACCUCAUCUCAGUAAUAAAAAAGUAAAUUGACAAUAAUUUGUUUUUGAAGCUCAUGACUCUUUACUGUUGCAUGUUGCAACGUUUUCCACGACAAUACCUCUAAAUCUCGGAACUCCUACGGUCCUUCCGCACGGAACACCUUUUAGGAACCGGCUCUUUGGAGUACGUUCCGGGUAAUUACCAAGACAGGCUAUAAACAUUUUAUUACCGUUCGGGGAACUUGGUGACUCGGCGACAUAUUGAGGGUGGUUUCGUGUUUAAUACUGCCCUUAGCUUAGGCCAGCGUCGCCUGAGAGCAUUCGGCAAAAGCUUCGACUUGUUGUUUUGAAUGUGCACAGUUGGUGCCUCUCCAACUUUUGUGUGACCUUUGCUCUAUACGUUGCUGGUUUACCUGGGCUUUGUAUGUUGUGUGCCCGGUGUAUCUGUCGGCCAGGUAAAGCGGGAGGGGUAGGAGGCAGCCUCACAGUUCACGAUCGGAAUUCGACGAUGUUUUACGCCUGUGGAACUCGGUUGUUCUUAAACAUUACAUUUGUUGUGGUGGAAAGUUGAACUGCUAGCGAGUGCACGCGCCGGUCGUUCCGACGCCGCGAAAAUUUUUGGCGCUUUUCUUCAAUUAAAAACAUUAUCGGACUAUCACAAUCAGUCGAAACUUGUUCCUAAACAAUAGUCAGUGUGUGGGGUGCUUUUAUGACUGUGGAAGUAAUAAUACUAGUAUAAUACGUGUGCCAUAGGUCUAGAUUUAUCUACAUUAAAAGUGACCCAGACCUCAGAAUAAUAAAAUAUCCUAAAGGAAUAAAUACUGGUUAGUUAGUGGUGAAGUAAAGCCUAUGUGGACAGACAAACAAUUAAUUAAAUCCAGCAAACGUGUAUCAGUAAUAGUCAUUCAAGUGGUGUUAUCAUAUCUGUUGGUGAUUUUUUACAGUAUUUUUUAUUUGGUCCUUACGCGACGACCAAAGCGUGGCUGAAAUGUUUGACUUGAAUCGUUUGAAGAAGUAGUACAAACUUACAGUUUGGUUGAUACUGUUUGGUGAUAAAAUCGUGGUCUACAAUGAAAUACAAUACCAUAAGCGGAGGGACAAUUGUGGAAGGAAAAAGGACUGCCAAUUUCAACUCCUAUGUCCAGUGUAACGCUCAAAAUAAGAUGGCACUAAGCGAGGCGGAGUUGAAACGAGGCGAAUUGGAGAUACUCCAAAGGGCACUGAAGCUGCAAACCAAAAGGUGUAGACAGCUGGUGGCCGAAUAUACCAGAAAACUCCAAAUCAAAGAGCAAGAAUACCAGUCCGAACGUAAAUUGAGGGAUGACCAGCUGGCGAAAGUAUUAAGAGCACUCUUAGUUUUCGAGGCAAGGUUACGCCAAGAGCAAAAGUUCAUCAGCUUUCAGCUCAAAGAGAAAGACGAAAUAAUCAAGAAACAAAAGAGUGACAUCAAAAAGCUUCUGAACGAGCGAUAUUGCAAAAACUGCAAUCAGUAUUACAGUCCGAGUUCUAAUUUCGAAAGCCACGACAGCAGUUCUGAUUACGUGACCACUGAUUACCAGGAUUAUCAGAGUUCUAACAUCGGAUCCUUGGACAGUAGCAGCGAAACUUAUGCCAGUAUUUCAGAGCGUGAUUACGAAUACGUAAAAAGUGAAGGAAACCAAAUUAAGAACUUGUACUUGAAAAAUAAGAACAGCAAAGAUUCGUUGGGCAGAAGGGCGAAGAAGAUAGGCCAUAGAAAAAGUAUCAGUAAUUAUUUCGAGGUGCUAAAACUUCGCAGUGAAACCAACAGUCCAAGUUCAGUAGAAGAAAACUUAAAACACGGAGACCAUAAUAUCAAAGAGAAAAUAAAAUGUAGAACGGCGUCAUCAAACGUAAACGAAAAAGAAUCAAUCAUUCACAAGAGCUGCGAGAGUUUGGAUUCUGAUUUCACCGCAGUCACCAACUCUGAUUGCAACGUUACGGUGAUCCAAAAUUCUUCAGAUAAACCCGAAAAAAUUGGAUCGUCUCAAACUUCAAGGGCGGAAAAUAGCGAUUCCCGAGACAGUCCUAAAAUAGCAAUAAGUGAAGAUAUACCAGUCUUCGAUGGCGGUGGUGAAACAAACGACACAUGGUAUGCGAGUGCCAGCGACCAAGAAGACGACGAACACAGGGAUAUUUACAGAAACAAUCCGGUAUUGGAAUGCAUGAACCAGAUAUUACUCCAAAAUAUCAAUGAUGUAGUCAUUUCACCUCCAAAAACUCCUGAAAUGGACGUGAAGUUUAACAAAAGCGGAAAACGGGUAAAAUUCAGCGACGAGGGUGCUGAAAACCAAAACAAUAACGUUAUGAAUGAAACUUCUAAAGAAAACGAUAGCAACUACUAUGAAACGCCCAUCCAGAGGGCCCCAAAUGUUUAUGAAGCACCACAAAGUAUCUACAGUAAUGACUACGAGCAAAUACUGAGUCAGUGUAGUGACUCCUUCUCUGGACAGGAAAAAUUUUCGUUACUAAAUAACUAUGAUUCGAACGAAAGUUCUGCUCAGUCUAAAGGUGUUUCUCGACAGGACGACAACCAGGACAGUCCCUUUUACAUAGACAUGGACACCAAGUCAGAAACUGAUGAAACAGAGAAGAAAAUUGUAAGGAAAAGUAAAAUUCUUCGAACACCCCCAGCGCUACCUCCUAAACCAAUUAAUUUAGUGUCGAAAUAUAAAAUAACUGGUUCCCCAACUAAAUGCCCGUCAAGUAAAGGAAGCGAGAAAAGCUUCGAUUCCGAACCGGAUUAUUGCUCUAUAUCAGAAAUAAAUCUACCAACGGAAAAGGCGAAAAAAACCAUCAGCGUUGUUGCCCAAAUCAAUGCUCCCCGUAGUAGAAACAAUUCCCCCAUUAAAUCUCAAACAGAGAAAGUACCUCCAAAGAAAAUCCCCAGUGUAGCAUCUUCCAAUAAAACUACCGCAAAACAUUUAAGUCAGAGCGUCCCGAAUUUGGUAGGAAUAAAGAAUUUUGAAAAGCCAAAUAUUCAAGUGGCAAAGCAGACUCAGUUAAUUAACAAUUGUCCACCAAGAAAGAUGGAACCAGAAAUACCAAAGCUUCCUCAGGUGACCGAAAUAAUAAUACCAGAUGAAAACGACAAUAAAAAGGACGACGAACGUGUUACCCAUGAUAAUUACGUGAAGAACAACACGCAAAUAUUAAAGCAGAAGAAUGCCAAAAAAGAUUCCCGAACGCCCAUUGUUAUUGGUUCUUCGGUUUCCAGUUUAAUAGCAGACUUCAACAAACGCCAAAUUCUUUCGGAAGUAAAACCUAAACCUGAAAGAGCAAAACCUGCUCGAAGAGUAUUCUCUAGCUUUGAAAAUUUAUCCAUCCAGGAACGGAGCAAGCCAUCAUCAGACCCUCCCGAACUAUUUGAUUUUUCCCAGUUCGAUUUGAGUCAAAAUUUUGAAGAAUUCAAACUGGACGACUGCGAAAUACAAGAGGAAUAUGAGAUAGAGGAGAUGUCGGACAUAUCUAGUACGAAAUCCAACAGUGACAUGACAACUAAAUGUGAUGAAAAAUCUUUAUCAAAAUCCGCAGAUAAUCUUUUGGGAAAUAACAAUUCUACUCAAGUCGAAUUGGUGAGAGCAACGUCGAAUGUAGUUGUGCCAAAAUUAAACGACAAUGCAAUUCACCAGCUUAAAAAGCAGCUAGAGGUUGAUAAAAAGAAUCAUUCGAUAAAUGAUAAGCACAGAAAUUUUCCAAAACCUGUAGUCAGGUCGCACGAGCCGACUUACGAGCAUUUUUUAGAAUGCACUGGACUCAGUUCUAAAUCCAUCCUUACUCCAUCCAGACUGAUAAGCAACCAUAAAAGCAUGCUAAAGCCUAAGGAUGUCAAGUUGAGAUCCAAAGUUAGGGCAAAUAACGUCUCGGAGAAACAGGGUACAAGUAUGAAAUAUUGGUCUGAACCAUAUAAAGACGAAAUAAUCAAGAAACAAAAGAGUGACAUCAAAAAGCUUCUGAACGAGCGAUAUUGCAAAAACUGCAAUCAGUAUUACAGUCCGAGUUCUAAUUUCGAAAGCCACGACAGCAGUUCUGAUUACGUGACCACUGAUUACCAGGAUUAUCAGAGUUCUAACAUCGGAUCCUUGGACAGUAGCAGCGAAACUUAUGCCAGUAUUUCAGAGCGUGAUUACGAAUACGUAAAAAGUGAAGGAAACCAAAUUAAGAACUUGUACUUGAAAAAUAAGAACAGCAAAGAUUCGUUGGGCAGAAGGGCGAAGAAGAUAGGCCAUAGAAAAAGUAUCAGUAAUUAUUUCGAGGUGCUAAAACUUCGCAGUGAAACCAACAGUCCAAGUUCAGUAGAAGAAAACUUAAAACACGGAGACCAUAAUAUCAAAGAGAAAAUAAAAUGUAGAACGGCGUCAUCAAACGUAAACGAAAAAGAAUCAAUCAUUCACAAGAGCUGCGAGAGUUUGGAUUCUGAUUUCACCGCAGUCACCAACUCUGAUUGCAACGUUACGGUGAUCCAAAAUUCUUCAGAUAAACCCGAAAAAAUUGGAUCGUCUCAAACUUCAAGGGCGGAAAAUAGCGAUUCCCGAGACAGUCCUAAAAUAGCAAUAAGUGAAGAUAUACCAGUCUUCGAUGGCGGUGGUGAAACAAACGACACAUGGUAUGCGAGUGCCAGCGACCAAGAAGACGACGAACACAGGGAUAUUUACAGAAACAAUCCGGUAUUGGAAUGCAUGAACCAGAUAUUACUCCAAAAUAUCAAUGAUGUAGUCAUUUCACCUCCAAAAACUCCUGAAAUGGACGUGAAGUUUAACAAAAGCGGAAAACGGGUAAAAUUCAGCGACGAGGGUGCUGAAAACCAAAACAAUAACGUUAUGAAUGAAACUUCUAAAGAAAACGAUAGCAACUACUAUGAAACGCCCAUCCAGAGGGCCCCAAAUGUUUAUGAAGCACCACAAAGUAUCUACAGUAAUGACUACGAGCAAAUACUGAGUCAGUGUAGUGACUCCUUCUCUGGACAGGAAAAAUUUUCGUUACUAAAUAACUAUGAUUCGAACGAAAGUUCUGCUCAGUCUAAAGGUGUUUCUCGACAGGACGACAACCAGGACAGUCCCUUUUACAUAGACAUGGACACCAAGUCAGAAACUGAUGAAACAGAGAAGAAAAUUGUAAGGAAAAGUAAAAUUCUUCGAACACCCCCAGCGCUACCUCCUAAACCAAUUAAUUUAGUGUCGAAAUAUAAAAUAACUGGUUCCCCAACUAAAUGCCCGUCAAGUAAAGGAAGCGAGAAAAGCUUCGAUUCCGAACCGGAUUAUUGCUCUAUAUCAGAAAUAAAUCUACCAACGGAAAAGGCGAAAAAAACCAUCAGCGUUGUUGCCCAAAUCAAUGCUCCCCGUAGUAGAAACAAUUCCCCCAUUAAAUCUCAAACAGAGAAAGUACCUCCAAAGAAAAUCCCCAGUGUAGCAUCUUCCAAUAAAACUACCGCAAAACAUUUAAGUCAGAGCGUCCCGAAUUUGGUAGGAAUAAAGAAUUUUGAAAAGCCAAAUAUUCAAGUGGCAAAGCAGACUCAGUUAAUUAACAAUUGUCCACCAAGAAAGAUGGAACCAGAAAUACCAAAGCUUCCUCAGGUGACCGAAAUAAUAAUACCAGAUGAAAACGACAAUAAAAAGGACGACGAACGUGUUACCCAUGAUAAUUACGUGAAGAACAACACGCAAAUAUUAAAGCAGAAGAAUGCCAAAAAAGAUUCCCGAACGCCCAUUGUUAUUGGUUCUUCGGUUUCCAGUUUAAUAGCAGACUUCAACAAACGCCAAAUUCUUUCGGAAGUAAAACCUAAACCUGAAAGAGCAAAACCUGCUCGAAGAGUAUUCUCUAGCUUUGAAAAUUUAUCCAUCCAGGAACGGAGCAAGCCAUCAUCAGACCCUCCCGAACUAUUUGAUUUUUCCCAGUUCGAUUUGAGUCAAAAUUUUGAAGAAUUCAAACUGGACGACUGCGAAAUACAAGAGGAAUAUGAGAUAGAGGAGAUGUCGGACAUAUCUAGUACGAAAUCCAACAGUGACAUGACAACUAAAUGUGAUGAAAAAUCUUUAUCAAAAUCCGCAGAUAAUCUUUUGGGAAAUAACAAUUCUACUCAAGUCGAAUUGGUGAGAGCAACGUCGAAUGUAGUUGUGCCAAAAUUAAACGACAAUGCAAUUCACCAGCUUAAAAAGCAGCUAGAGGUUGAUAAAAAGAAUCAUUCGAUAAAUGAUAAGCACAGAAAUUUUCCAAAACCUGUAGUCAGGUCGCACGAGCCGACUUACGAGCAUUUUUUAGAAUGCACUGGACUCAGUUCUAAAUCCAUCCUUACUCCAUCCAGACUGAUAAGCAACCAUAAAAGCAUGCUAAAGCCUAAGGAUGUCAAGUUGAGAUCCAAAGUUAGGGCAAAUAACGUCUCGGAGAAACAGGGUACAAGUAUGAAAUAUUGGUCUGAACCAUAUUUAUAACAUUAUUCUUUUUCUAGUCUAAUUUAAUGGAGAGAUGUCUAAAUUACAAUAAAUAUAAUAGAAAGAACGAAUGUUGAAGAUAUUCGGCAUUAAUUACAUCUGGACUCGAACUUAUAUCGUUCUGUUUUUCAAUAAACAAAUAAUUUAUUAUAAUAGUUACUAAAAUAUUAAUUCUAC